AUGUAUACCCAUCUUGCGGACCUAGGAAACACGAUAGAGCUUCUCAAUGCUCAAGAUAGAGAUCUGGCGGUCGCCCAUGAGCUGAUGCGGGAGAGAAUGCGGCUGGAACAAAAGUUCAUCAACGGACUGCGAGCCAUUAUUGACAGGCACAAGUCAUGGCCUGAGGAGCGACACGGAGAGUACUCAGAAGUCCUCAUCACUGCAUUUGAACAGGAAAUCGAGGCGCGUUCGAGCCCUAAACCGGUAGUCCCCAGGCAUCAAUCCAUGGGAGAGGAGUUGAUCGUAGGCUCUACACUCGUGCGCAAGCUCCGAGAUGCACACAGCGCACACGAAGUCGCUUAUACAAAACUAUUGUCAUCAAAAGACGAGUUACAAGAAUGGCUACGUCCUAAAAAAUUGUAUUUUGAAAAUUCUCGUAUGCCUUUGAUAGAGCUGGAAUACCGCUGGAGCGUACAUCGUCAACGUGAAUGUGCGAACAAUCUUCGAUUAUGGUACGAGAGAAAACAAAUGCCACUAGUAGAAUCUCAUCAUUCGAGUCUGGAGGACACCAAGGCAACUAUGAUACGAAUGAUAAACGCCAAUAUCGAUUGUGCAUCAACAUGCAGCCGAAUAUAUUCGCAUGCGCUGGGCAGAGCAUCGAGCUUACUUCCCUUGAUUCAUCGCGCAUCAAUCGAGGAAACAAUGGAUUUAGAACUGAGCAGUCACGCACUAGAACCGGUAGACUACCGCAACUGGUUCUUCGAUGGCCAACCCUCACCUCUGCAAUUUGGCAUAGGGGCCAUAAUUAUCGAAUCCGACAAUAUCCCAACUUCUUCGUACUCCUGGGUUUUAGUGCAUACGAUGUUGGAAGCCGAGAGAACCAAUGAUUUCUCUGGUGUUUCCGCCGGUUGUGUCACCCGGUUUGAGCUCUCUCAAUAUGGCCCUCUCCUCCCGCUGAAUUCUGCGAAGUUUGAACAACUCAAAUCUACAAGGCGCAUUUCUCGUCAAGAUCUAUCUGCCUUGAUGAAACCUGAUAAGACGACCACACUCCUUCCUGUUGGCUCACUCAUCGUCGAAGCUCGAGCCAUAUCGUCGAUGCUGCUAGGCGAAAGUGGGAUUUCGAAAACAAUUGUCCGAAGCGCAAAUAGCGGCAACUACGUCAUAUAUAAAGAUACAAGCAAUUGA